AUGUCUCAAUUAUUUAAUAAUUCGCGCUCAGAUACUUUGUUUCUAGGAGGUGAAAAAAUAAGUGGUGAUGAUAUUCGUAAUCAAAACGUUCUAGCCACUAUGGCUGUGGCAAAUGUCGUCAAGUCAUCUUUAGGUCCUGUUGGAUUGGAUAAAAUGCUUGUUGAUGACAUUGGUGAUUUCACUGUUACCAAUGAUGGUGCCACUAUUUUAUCUUUGUUAGAUGUUCAACAUCCAGCGGGAAAAAUUUUAGUGGAGUUGGCUCAACAACAAGAUAGAGAAAUCGGUGAUGGUACUACCAGUGUUGUUAUUAUUGCUUCCGAGUUGUUGAAAAGAGCUAACGAAUUAGUGAAGAAUAAGAUUCACCCAACCACCAUCAUAACAGGUUUCAGGGUCGCAUUGAGAGAGGCCAUUCGGUUUAUAAAUGAAGUUCUUUCCACGAGCGUUGAUACUCUUGGAAAAGAGACCCUAAUCAAUAUUGCUAGGACCAGUAUGUCUUCCAAGAUCAUUGGUUCUGAUUCCGAAUUUUUCAGCAAUAUGGUUGUAGAUGCCCUUUUAGCUGUUAAGACACAAAAUUCUAAAGGUGAAAUCAAAUAUCCCGUAAAGGCUGUCAACGUUUUGAAAGCACAUGGUAAGUCUGCCACUGAAUCAGUAUUGGUACCAGGUUAUGCUUUAAAUUGUACAGUUGCCUCUCAGGCAAUGCCUAAACGUAUUGCCGGUGGUAAUGUCAAAAUUGCAUGUUUGGAUUUGAACUUGCAGAAAGCUCGUAUGGCAAUGGGCGUACAAAUCAACAUUGAUGAUCCGGAACAACUAGAGCAAAUCCGCAAUCGUGAAGCUGGUAUUGUUUUGGAAAGAGUAAAAAAAAUCGUUGAUGCUGGCGCUCAAGUUGUAUUGACUACUAAAGGUAUUGAUGAUUUGUGCUUAAAAAAAUUUGUUGAGGCUAAAAUCAUGGCUGUAAGACGUUGUAAGAAGGAAGACCUGAGAAGAAUUGCACGUGCUACAGGUGCCACUUUAGUGGGUUCAAUGUCUAACUUGGAAGGUGAGGAAACUUUCGAGAGCAGUUAUCUGGGCCUUUGUGAUGAAGUUGUUCAAGCUAAAUUCUCUGAUGAUGAAUGUAUCCUAAUCAAGGGCACGUCUAAGCAUUCUUCUUCUUCAAUCGUUUUAAGAGGUGCCAACGAUUAUUCCCUAGAUGAAAUGGAACGUUCUCUACAUGAUUCUCUCUCUGUUGUUAAGAGAACGCUUGAAAGUGGAAAUGUUGUGCCGGGUGGAGGUUGUGUUGAAGCGGCCUUGAACAUUUACCUAGACAAUUUUGCCACUACAGUUGGAUCUCGUGAACAAUUAGCUAUUGCUGAGUUUGCAGCUGCAUUAUUGAUCAUUCCAAAAACCUUAGCAGUCAACGCUGCCAAGGAUUCCAGUGAAUUAGUUGCGAAAUUGAGGUCUUACCAUGCUGCGAGUCAAAUGGCCAAACCAGAAGACAUCAAGAGGAGAGGUUAUAGAAACUACGGCCUGGAUUUGAUUCGGGGUAAAAUUGUAGAUGAAAUUCAUGCUGGUGUUCUUGAGCCUACCGUCAGCAAAGUUAAAUCCUUAAAAUCAGCAUUGGAAGCCUGUGUAGCGAUCUUAAGAAUUGACACAAUGAUUACAGUGGAUCCAGAGCCACCAAGAGAAGAUCCACACGGUCAUUGA